AUGAAUCGACCACUCCGAUCUCAACGUACCCCGCAUAACCGUCUGAAAUCCAUCCGUCCCCAUACCAAACCUCGCUCCAAAACAACAGCCGAUCCCGAAGACGACGUGAUGGGGGACGCAUGGCCUUGCGAUGUGCCCAAUCGCCUUGCCGAGCCUUUCACCCCAGAGGAUGGAAGAGGACCUAUCACCACCGAGGCUGACGAUGCUCGCUUGUCAUGCCUCGGUCUACCCCUCGCUCUGCCUUACGAGGUGGAGACAUUAGCGGAGAUGGACGAUCGCUUGGAGCUUAUCUGUCAACGCUUGAUUGAGUGUGUGAAGGCAAGAGAGUAUGGGAUGGGCUUCUCGAUGUGGGACUCGGCUUUGACAAUCUGGAUGAGCAUGGGCUACCCUAUGAAGCGAGAGAUGAAGAUCAAGCUCAUCUUCCUUUACUACGAGCUGCUGUUCGUGCCCGGUCUAAGCGGUACCUUCGUCGAUAAUUGCGGCAAUCAGCUCAUCCCGCUUCUCGGCGAUCGCAUGCUGUCCAUCUGGGACUUCCGCAUCCCGUGGCGACCGCUGUACGAUGCGCUGUACAACGAGCUCUUCCCCCACCCCAACAAGCUCGCUCGUCACUCCUUCAACCUCGCUCCUACCCUUCUGAACGUCGCCGAGUCGGCCCAGCGCUUCUUCCAUCCGGCCGAGAUGGAUGAGAUGCUGGAGACUAUGCUCCCGAAGUUCGAGCCCAGCAUGGACUCUAUUCUCGCCACUCAGACCUUCCUCGUCCACUUUCUACCUAUUUCCCAUCCUCAACGAUGGAUUCCGCUCAUCUUCCGAUUAUGGGGUGGCCUCAACAGUGGUCUGUGGGAUGACCAAGCCUCUGACCUUCUCGGCCAACUCAGUAUCUCCCACAACGACCCCGGAAAGUCCGACCCCUCCCUCCUCGACAAGAUCCCCCGCGGCACCUUCAAUACCCCUGAAGAAGACGCGAGGAAUCCCGGGCCGAAAAAGGUCGCUCGGAACCAUGAGGUCCGUCUGCGGGAUGUCAAGGGCGAUGUGGUGGAGGAUGACGAUGGGUUGACGUACUGGGUCGAUCCUGCCAAGGUUCCGGCCGAGCCGAGGGUCUCCGAUCAGAGCUGGCAGGGGAUCAGGAAGGAUGUAGGGAUCUUCACGGAGCAGGAGUUCGAGUUCUUGAUGACCAAGUGUCUGCGGUCACUCAACGUACCUGUCGGAGGCAGUAUCGCCUCGCACAACGCCAUGUCCAUCACCACCGCCGAUGCUCGGACCAGCAAAAAGGUCAUGGACGCCAAAAAGCCAAUUGACCGCGUUCAGUCUCUCGCUGAGACCAUCAUCUACUCUGUCGCCGAAGAUGCUGAACCUGCGAAAUCUAGCUCGGCCACCGCUACACCGGGCACCGCCACUCCCGUCAACCCAGCUCUGAACAGGGUGCAAAAUGGCUCGGGGAUGAAGCGGAACGACAGCUCGGACAGUCUGGCAGCGGCAGGUCAGAAAGGCGAUGCGGAGAGAAAGUACAUGGCUGGCUCCAAGGCGCUGGACCACCUGUCCAGGUUGUUGACGAGUUGCGAGACGUUCUUCCACCCAAGCAACUCUGGUCACUGGUCUGCUUUCCUCACCACCUUCCUCGCGCACCUCGCACACAACUUUGUCGAACGGUGGAAGGCACAGGAAGAGCCUUCAUGCAAGACGCCGGCCGCCUGGCGCUUGACCCCGGCGAUAAAGAGGGAGUUCGUGCUGGUCAUGCGACCUCUGGCCCUGACUUCCAUGUUCAAUAAGGAUAUGGACUCGGUGUCCUCGGCGGUGUCGACGCUGAAACGUCUGGCUAUCCUGGAGCCGGAUCUGAUCAUGCCGGCGCUGAUGGAGCGGAUCGUCCCAUCCUUGCAAGGUUUGGAAGAAACUAACCGAACUCCCGCCGUAACAUAUGCGCUCGCUGCUCUCGCUCAACCCCUCGCGGCUCGUCAGCUAUGGCGGAUGGGCGGCAUGUACGUCGCCGACAGUUUCGCCCUCCUCCUCCCGGGUAUCGAUCUCAAUGACCCCUCCAAGACCGCCUUAUCAUGUAUGGCCAUCUCCAACAUGGUCGAUUACAUCCGGAUCGGCGACAUCUCCGACUCUGAAGAGACGCCCGAUACGUCCGGUGGCUCCCGCGCUCUUCGGAAGGCUCCCAGACCUGCGCUCCAAGAUGAUCCGAACGACCCAAGUCAGCAAGAGCUGGAAGAUCUCUCUCCAGAGGAAGUCAAUGCUCGUGUGCGGUUCGCGACUUCUGCAUUCCGAGACUGGGUGCCGGAGUUUGUCGGUCGGGUGCUGUUGCUGUUUGGCAACUUGCCCGAGGAGGGCGGAAAGACUGGGAAGGCGGGCGGGAAGACGGAACAGAUGACCGUCAUGAGCGUACUGCACACAUGCGGAGGAGUAUUUGCUGCACUCGAUGACAAGCUGUUCGAAGCCGCCCUCGAGCAGAUCGCCGACUACUGCUCGACAACCACCCGCAGCAACGCCGUCGACUCGGUCGGCGAGCUGAUCCGGAACUUGGCCGCCACUCGCGCGACUCAGGUCUGGGAGCGUCUUUUCCCCGUUUGCCGACCUCGGAUUCUUGCCGAGCUCAAGGCGGGCGCUUCCUCCACACGCACGCAGACUACCUCGGUCCCUCGAGCAUCUGACGCGAGUCUGCAUUGGUGGCAGAGUAUCCUGUACGGAAUGCUCAUUCCCGGUCGAAUCGACCUCUCCGACCCGAGAUGGCGGAGCGACUACCUCGAGCUCAUGCAGGCGAUGAUCGACUCGACGUACUCUGAGCGAGGAUGGCACUGGACCGGCAAAAUCGUCGAAAAGUCCAUCAGCUGCUUGACGUCCAUCUACUUUGCCGAGAUGAGCAUGCUCGAGUCGGAGAGGGACAGCGAUGAUGUCAAGCAGAACCACACGCUUUGGUGGGGCAAGCUGUACCGCGCAAGCGAGAUAAAGCCGUCUUGGCGCGUACCGUCGGAACGGCAGAUCAGCAUGGCAUUCGACAUGCUCAACAUCGCCGAAGGAUCGCUCGGCAAGCUCAACAACCUCAUUGACACUCGUAAAGUCGGUGACAACGACUGGAGUAACGAGUUCUGCCGGGCGGCGAACGUGGUGGACAAGGCGCUGAGGGGCUCUUACAAUCUCCUCGCCGAGAUCAAUGAGCUCAAAGAGGGAGGCGAGCGAGCUGAAAGCUACAUGCCCGCCGAGAUCCUGCGUCUCUUACCGCCGUACAAGUCAGGCGUCAUCCUUUCCGAUCCGAAGGACCCAAGGUACCAGCAGGCUGCGUCGUUCCGGAAACGCGUCGGCGAGACCUUACAUCGGGUAGCAUCCGCCAUGCGGGAUGCUGGCGAGUCCGACAACUCGGUCGAGACAGUCAAGAUCCUCGUGUCCACCAUCGGUACCUACCUCACGGCGUACGGCAUCCGCUCCAAGCAGUUCACAUCCGCUCAGUCGGCGUACAGCGGUAUGCAGGCGACCAAGAGGAUGUACGAGAGCCAGCGAAAGCAGCAUCGUCACAUUUUCAUGGCGGCCGCCUCGGUCCACUCGCAGAAUCGUCUCACUACGUUGGCUUACUAUCGCGUCCGGUCCGCACUCGACGACAAGCUCAUCAAGAACAUGCUGGACUUUUGUCUGUCGCCGUUCGUCCGAGUCCGGCGGUCCGCCCAGGGCGCGAUGGAGACCAUCUCGAAGAUCUACCGCGGUACUUGGGUGCUCUGCUUCCCGCUCCUCUUCGACGCGCUGCAGCAGGGAAUGGAUCCGGACCGGAUGAAGGGCGCCCUUUACGUCCUGCGGUACAACUACGUCGGGAUCUCCCGGAUCGGCCGGGACUGGCGACACCUCGUCCAGCUUGUCGAGUGCCUCUUAAACGCACACCAUGAGAACAAGGCGUCCGUCCAGGCUCUGGUCACCAAGGCGACGGACGAGCUCAUCGCUACGAUCAGGGAGCCGUCCAGCCUGCAGGUCGAGGCGGGGAUUGAGAAGGUGGAUGUAGCGGCCGAUGCGCUGGCCGGGAUCAUCGCUCGAAAGCCCGACCAGGCGGUCGUCUCUCAGCUCCGUCAGGGGCUGAGGAGCCUCGUCGAACGACAAGAUGGUCAGUACGACGUCUUUGUCGACAAGGUGCUGGCUAUCUCGAAGAACCCCAGUUUGAACUGGCGGUACGUCUUGGCGGCGUCCCGGUUCUUGUACACCAUGACGAGGCGGGAUCUCCCAACGGACGUACGGCUGGCACGAUUCUUUGCGGAGAAUGUGUCUAAUCCUCAUCCAAGGAUCAGGGAUUUCGGAACUGUCGGCCUGACUCGGAUGCUCUUCCACGUCGCCCUUCGUUCGUUGUGCGAAGGCGACGAGCGACGCCUCGCCCACCAGGAACCCCACGACCGAUUCAGUAAGGAGAUCGAACUCACCGAUACCUCUCCCGCCUUUACGCAGCAGUAUCUCCAAGCAUUCCGUCAGCCGAUACCCGAGGGGAAAGAGGCAGAAGUCAUGCUUCAGGACCGUCUGGACUCGGGGUGGCUCGUAUGGGGCAAGACGAUGGAGGUGUCCCGCCUCGCGGGAUGGGAGGAGCAGGCAUGGAAGAUUGACGAGGGAUGCCUGCCGGCUACGGAUAUGCUCAAGGAGUUGAUGGGCCAGGAUGGAUGGUGGCAGAAGCUCGCGGACCAAUGGGCGCAGGAAGAUACUCGAAACUACCCCUCCGCCACACACAUCGACUUUGUCCUCUCCAUCGCCCAGAUCCACGGUCUACCCAUCCUCGAGGCCAUCAAGCCCAUCGUUGACGGCUAUCUUGCCGAGAUGGACACGAGCAAGGUCUAUGAUCGGCACAAGAUGCGGGCGAUCUUUGAGUUUGUCUCGGGUCUGCUGCGCGGAACCGAAGAGUGGCCGGGCAAGGAUAGGGCUGUCUUCUGGAGGUGGUUGACUCCGAAAUUGCCGGAUCUAUUCGGGAACAUCAGGCAUGAUACCACAAAAUGUUGGGACAUCUCCAUCGAAUACGUCCUGAAUGACCGCGAUCCCCGGCGGUAUCAACCCCUCGUCGAUUUCUGCAUCGAUACGGCCCUCGCUGCAGACUUCCAGUCCGGCUCGGCAUUCGACCUCGCCCGUCGUGUGCAGCUGGUCAGGUCCGUCCUUCGCUGCCUCCAGUGGCGGUUCAAUGCGUGGACGGACGACUUUAUCGACUUCUACUUCCGCUCAAUUACUUGCCCGUAUGCGGAUGUUAGGAACCUCAUCGCCUCGGUCUUGAACGGAAUGGAUCAGAUCAAGUUCUACCCGUCCUUCUCGUCCGCCACUGCCUUGAACAAGUUUAUUCUGGAUGACCCGAGCAACAAGCAGGACCUCAUGGGUAUCCGCUCAGGACACUUCGACAGCCAGCUCAAGCAAAUCAUGGAGCAGCUGCCAAAGUGGAAGGCGGAGAGACCACACGGUCCCAAGGCUGUUCAGUCGGAGCAUGAUAAUGCGGCUAUGACCAUGCUGGCUUGGUUGACGAUUGAGCUGUCGGACGUACACGCUGCCGCUGCGUUCCCUUACAUUAUCCCUAUAUUGCCGGAGAUCUUCGAGCUGCGCGAGCUGAACGAUAAUCUGGACCUGCAGCGGAGCGCUGGUCGAAUGCUCGCGCUCAUCACUUCGAUCACUCCGGACCUGGACCUGAUCGAGCCAGUGAUGGCCGCUUUGCUGUCUAUUCUGGAGAACUCCUCUUCCUGGAAGAUGAAGAUGCACAGCAUGCCGGUGCUAAGCCUGGUCUACUUUCGGAACCUAUCUCUGCUGUCCGAGACGUGCAAGGCCAAGUGUCUGGACGUUGUGGCGGCUUCAUUGAGGGAUGCGAACCAGGAAGUCCGAGAGAUGGCUUCUUCCACGUUGAGCGGCUUCCUUCGGUGCUCCCAGCGAUCUAUGGUCGUGGUCAUCAAAGACAGAUUCACUCGGGAGAUCAAGGCGACGACUUUGGCGAGACGCCGUGGUCAGCCGGGGCAAGUCGAUGCCGAGUAUCAGGAGCAGCUGGUCAAGUUGCACGGAGCCAUUUUAGGCGUGACGGCAAUCGUCGAAGCCUUCCCUUACACCGUACCGAAGUUCAUGCCGAAGCUGCUCGCAGAUGUGCUUGCACCAAGAGUAUCAGAUCCGGCGCCUAUUUCGACCACGAUCCGGACAUGUGUUGCGUCUUUCAAGCGGACACACGAGAAGUACCAGGACAAAUUCAGCGAAGAUGAGCUAUCGGCGAUGAACUAUGCGCAAGCGGGGAAUUCGUACUGUAAGCUACCAUGCUGA